AUGGACUUGUUCCAUCUCAAUGGCCAGACGUUCCUCCUGGUGGUGGACUACUACUCGAGGUUUCCCGAGGUGGUGACCCUGAGAAGCACUACAGCUCGGGCAGUCAUCGAUGCUCUCAAAAGCAUCUUCGCACGCCACGGAAUCCCACAAGGCGUCAGGUCGGACAACGGCCCACCAUUCUCGUCGCAAGAGUUUGCGGCAUUCGCAGCGUCUUAUGGCUUCAACCAUGCGACCAGUAGCCCACACUACGCCCAGUCAAACGGAGAGGCAGAGAGGAUGCUACGUCCCAACUGGCAGCCUAGGAAAGAUGUCGUCGCCAAGGAUGUAGCCUACAAGCGUAAGCAGACAGACGACUACAAUAGGCAUCACGGAGCUCGAGACCUGCCACCUCUCCAAACGGGUCAGCGUGUGUGGGUGCGCCCUGAUCAAGUGCAAGCUACGGUCCUCAGCCCGGGGCAAAGGCCAAGAAGCUACGUGGUUGAAACAGACCAAGGUGGUGUUCUACAGCGCAACCGCCGUCACCUAGUGCCUUUCGUGCCUUCUGCCUCUAGUGGGGAAUCGCUGCCGACAGCUGCACAGGAACCAUCGCCACUGCAGCAAGUUCCCCUUCAGGAACCUCAGCCUGCCAACAGCGUGGAACCUGCGGUCCCCCAAGGGCAGCCUUUGCAACAUUCCCCUGCAGCCAGGGACCGUAGUGAUGGUGGUACACGAACACGUUACGGCCGGCGCGUUGUUCCGCCGCGCCGUUUGAACUUGUGA